AUGGACGAGCCCGGCGGAGGGGGCGCGAACGGGGCGCCGGGCAAGGGCAAGGCUCAGCCCCCGGGCAAGGGCAGGGAGCUCUUCAGGAGCCAGCGGAAAGAGUCAGAGGGCUCGGUGGACUGCCCCAACCUGGAGUUUGAGUAUGGGGACUCCGACAUCUAUGCUGCCGAACUGUCAGAACUGUACAGCUACACAGAAGAGCCAGAGUUUGCUGCCAACAGGAAGUGCUUUGAGGAGGAUUUCCAAACACAAGUGAAGGACAAGCAGUGGUCGGAGCUGGACGUGGCUCGGCAGAAGGCCUACGUGAUGCGGCUCCUGGAUGGGCUGGAAGUGGUCCACAGGGAGAAGAGGUUGAAAGUCGCCCGGGCGAUCCUCUACUUGGCACAAGGGGUCUUUGGGGAGUGCGAUGCAGAGGCAGACGUCCUCUGCUGGUCCCGGCACAACAACUUCCUCCUGUACCAGAUGGGAACCUUCACUGCCUUCCUGGAGUUGCUGAACAUGGAGAUGGCCAACAGCCAAGCAUCUGGGAACGCCUUGAGGAAGCCGGCCAUCUCCCUGGCUGACAGCACCGAGCUCAGGGUGUUGCUGAGUGUCAUGUACCUAAUGGUGGAAGCCAUGCGGGUGGAGAUGGAGACAGACCCCCCGACGUGGAAGGCCGCCCGUGAUACGUUCAGGACUGAGCUCAGUUUUCCUCUGCAUGGUGAGGAGCCUUUUGCACUCCUGCUGUUCACCAUGGUGACCAAGUUCUGCAGCGGACACGCUCCCCACUUCCCCAUGAAGAAAGUCUUGCUUUUGCUAUGGAAGGUCCUUGUGUUCACCCUGGGAGGCUUUGACGCUCUGCAGGCCAUGAAGGUGAAGAAGCGCCAAGAACUGGGCUUGCCCCCCCUGCCAGAGGACAGCAUCCAAAUCAUGCGCAGCAUGAGGGCAGCCUCUCCUCCUGCCUUCGCCAUUGAGCUGGUGGAGCAGCAGCAGCAGAAGCGGGGGCACCGGAGCAGGAGGCCUCUGAUGAAGCAGGACAGCCUAGACAUCUACAACGAGAGGGACCCUUUCAAGAACGAUGAGGUGCUGGGGGAUGAGGAGGAGUCCGAUGACACCGACAACGGCAUCGAAGGGGAGCUGGACCUCUUGGAGCGGGACACGGUCAUCCAGGCCGUGUCGGCCCCACGCCCGCCUGUCGAGAGGGUCUCCUUCCCAAAGGGGCUUCCCUGGGCCCCCAAAGUCAGACAGAAAGACAUAGAACAUUUCCUGGAGGCGAGCAGAAAUAAGUUCAUUGGAUUCACGCUUGGACGGGACACAGAUACCUUAGUGGGGUUACCACGCCCCAUUCAUGAAAGUGUGAAGACCCUAAAACAGCAUAAAUAUGUCUCGAUCUCCGAAGUCCAGAUCAGGAAUGAAGAGGAGAUGGCGAAGUGUCCCAUGUCUUUGGGGGAAGAGGACGUGCAGGAGACCCCCUGCGAAAUACUCUACCGGGUGAUGCUGUACAACUUGCCACAGUACAUGAUAGCUCUGCUGAAGAUCCUGUUAGCUGCAGCGCCAACUUCCAAAGCCAAGACGGACUCGAUCAACAUCCUGGCCGACGUGUUACCUGAGGAGAUGCCCAUCACAGUCCUUCAGAGCAUGAAACUGGGGAUCGACGUGAACAGGCACAAAGAGAUCAUUGUGAAGAGCAUCUCGGCCUUGCUUCUCCUGCUCCUGAAGCAUUUCAAGCUGAACCACAUUUAUCAGUUUGAGUAUGUCUCUCAGCACCUGGUGUUUGCCAACUGCAUCCCAUUGAUUCUGAAGUUCUUCAACCAGAAUAUCAUGUCCUACAUCACUGCCAAAAACAGCAUCUCUGUCCUGGAUUAUCCCUCCUGCACGGUCCAUGAGUUACCAGAACUCAACGCUGAAAGCUUGGAAGUGGGGGACAACAACCAGUUCUGCUGGAGGAACCUCUUCUCCUGCAUCAACCUGCUGAGGAUCCUCAACAAACUGACCAAGUGGAAGCAUUCCAGGACGAUGAUGUUGGUGGUCUUCAAGUCUGCUCCUAUCCUGAAACGGGCUCUGAAAGUCAAGCAAGCCAUGAUGCAGCUGUACGUCCUGAAGCUGCUGAAGAUCCAGACCAAGUAUCUCGGGCGCCAGUGGAGGAAGAGCAACAUGAAGACAAUGUCCGCCAUCUACCAGAAAGUGCGCCAUCGCAUGAACGACGACUGGGCUUACGGCAACGAUAUCGAUGCUCGGCCCUGGGACUUCCAAGCUGAAGAAUGCACUUUACGAGCCAAUAUUGAAGCCUUUAAUAGCCGGAGGUAUGAUAAAUCCCAGGACUCUGAAUUUGCUCCAGUGGACAACUGCUUGCAGAGUGUGUUGGGGCAGCACCUGGACCUUCCUGAAGAUUUCCAUUACUCUUACGAACUAUGGCUGGAGAGAGAAGUGUUCUCACAGCCCAUCCGCUGGGAAGAACUAUUACGCUAUCCGUGAUGGCACUGGGAAGCUUAACCUGAACCAAAUGCCGUCUUGGUCUCUCCAGAUAAUAGGUGCUGUGUCCUGGGGGAAAGGGCUGAUCCUUCUGUGUUUGGGGGUACUUAUAUCUGGCAGGAAACUUUUUAGGGUGAGUUGAAAUGCUAAACACCUUAAAAAUGCCCUCAACUUUGCAAGAAUCUUCCCUUUUCUCCCUGACUGCUUCAAUCUACUGUACAUGGGCCUGAAGGUAGCAACAGAAGUCCUGGUUCUGAUCCAUUUACACUGAUCUAUCUUGAAUAUUAUAUAUUUAAAUAUCUGGCAUUGAUGAGCUUUCCUUUCCUGCUUGCUUUCAUGUGAUGGUUGUUGUGUGUGCCAAGUUGUCCAAGACUUGAGUCACUACCAUGCACAAUUCACGUUUCUAAAUAUCUCAGCAAAUGUGUACCUUUUAAAAAAACUUGCAACACUCCAUGCAGUUUGCUUCCCUAGAAACUGCAAACUCCGCGGUUCAUAAAAAGCAAGCUGUAAGUGUCAGACUGGCUCCCAGCUAUAUUCCAAAGAGCAUCCGGGCAUGAAAACUACGAAUGGGAGCUAUUCCUUUAAUAGAAAACAGUGCAUACAGAAGCAGUUGGGGGGGAGGGAUCCAGUUGCAAAUUAAGCAAGUUUCUCCAUCCAUGUCUAGAAUGAAAAAUUAUUUGUGCAGUUUUCCUCAUGUUGCUUUCAUGUUGCUUCCAUGAGCUCUACUUAUUCACAUUGUGAGAAAUGUUCUGCUUGUUCACGUUUUAAGGAUGUCUUCGUACAUCACUAAACCUGCCCCCCAGGGGACCUUCUGUGGGUGUGAGAGAUUGUUGUGCCAGAAAUGAGGCCAGAAUCAAACCCUAGGCCCAGUCUGGAAACAUUGAGGUUUAAUGUAAAGCUGUGUGUACUUUGUGUGUGCAAAAAGACAUUUCAACAGGUAUAAUGUAUAACACACAGCAAAGCCUUUUUCUCUGUAAAAUACAAGUAAGAGGAUUUUAGUUCCUUCUUAUUUUUUGUACUCCUGUAUGCAUUGGCCAAUGUUCUCCCAUGCUACCUCUUAAAGGCACAAAAGGAUACCCACAAAUUACUCCAAUCAGUAUCUGUGGAAACAUGCAAACAUAUUAAAUAAAAGAGUAGCACAUAUAUUUCACUCCCUGCUAGAUGUUUGAAUGCCAGAGAUUGUUCCAUAGUUCAUUGGUAUGAAUGGGAGCCAGAUACCUAUCUGGUAAAGCACCUGCCCUCUAUACACCCCCUUGCAACUUUAAGCUUCCUAUUUAAUGUGAGAAAAUUAUAAACACGAGUUCCCAGAAUACAUGUAUUCUCUCUGUUGCUGUGGAGUGAGAAGGUUUGUUUCCUAGUGUGCAUCGAGACAAAGCAUUUUUCAAGGAAAUGGCCAUAUGAAGUCAGUCCAGUUUUUAAGCACAAG